CAGAAUACUAAGAAUAUAUUCGAUUUCUUUAAGAGCUUCAAAAAAGCUCUCAAAAAAACCUUUGAUAAUCCCAACGAAGAAUGCAUUACAGCUCAGCAGCUUAUAAAUCUCAAGCAGACUAAGUUAGCUUCUGCUUAUAUAGUUAGAUUCAAGCAGCUCUUAGCAAGACUUCCGUAG